AUGAUCGAUACUCUCUCCGAAACAGAAUACUUCCUCAUCUGCCAAGGGUUCGUGUACACUGACUCUCUGGGUCCUCGCUGGUCCCUGCCCGAUCAUCAACUGUCUGGCCUGGCUCCCCCGGCGCCUACAAAGGGCGUGUGGGAUUAUUGGCGGGCUAACGUGGUCAACGCGACCAAUACCUACUGGUCGUAUGGUGCCAGGUCUGGUUGCACCACGAACCUCGACGUCCUCAAGGAUGACAAGGCCGACGGCAUGCGGGUCUAUAUGCCCCAGCCGGACGGUCGACUCCGCUGGGCAGCUUUCCAGCAGCGUGUCCCGAGCACAGUUGCGAGUUCGCCGCGACUAAAGAAAAUGGUGGAAGACGUCGGCGGCAACCCUGCGAACUUCAGGUCCAGAAUGGCGAUGGCUAAAUACGUCAUCGCUCGGGAGGCACCUUUUGGUGUCUUCCGCGAGGAGGACGAAGGUGAGAUCUUCUCGGGUAGGUCUCUGGUCUACCGGGGCCAGCCAGCGUCCGAGAACUUCUGGGGUGUUGGACAGUUGGGCAACGGCACGCUGACCAUGGCGGCGACGACCCAGGGUGUGAUGCAGAAGCUGAGUGGAUGA